AUGCGUUCUUUCCUAUUUUUAUUUUUAUUUUUUCUAGUGCAGAAAAAUGGAGUACGGCAUUGUUCCUACACAGCUACGCGGAAAAACCUUUACAUCACGAAAGAUACCAAGGUCAUUUGUCAAGGUUUUACGGGCAAACAGGGUACCUUUCACAGUCAACAAGCGCUGGAAUACGGCACCAACUUAGUAGGAGGAAUUUCUCCAGGCAAAGGGGGCAAAACUCACUUGGGGCUUCCCGUCUUUAACUCAGUGAAAGAGGCAAAGCAACAAACGGGCGCGACUGCCUCUGCGGUAUAUGUGCCACCUCCGUUUGCCGCUGCUGCCAUCACCGAAGCCAUCGAUGCCGAAAUCCCCUUGGUGGUCUGCAUCACUGAAGGGAUACCCCAGCAGGACAUGGUGCGGGUCAAGCACCGAUUGCUUCGCCAGAACAAGACACGGCUCGUCGGCCCCAACUGUCCGGGAGUCAUCAAUCCCGGAGAGUGUAAAAUCGGCAUCAUGCCCGGCCACAUUCACCAGAAAGGCAGAAUUGGCAUCGUAUCCAGAUCUGGCACGCUAACGUACGAAGCCGUUCACCAGACGACUCAAGCAGGGCUGGGACAAUCUUUUUGCGUUGGAAUCGGGGGAGACCCGUUCAACGGAACGAAUUUCAUUGACUGCCUGGAAGUCUACCUGAAGGACCCAAACACCCAAGGGAUCAUCCUGAUAGGCGAGAUCGGUGGAAACGCCGAAGAAGAUGCUGCUGAAUUCCUCAAGGAACACAACGCUGGUCCCGAUGCCAAGCCAGUCGUCUCUUUCAUCGCUGGAAUCACCGCUCCUCCCGGUAGGAGGAUGGGCCACGCCGGGGCCAUCAUCGCUGGCGGGAAAGGGGGGGCGAAAGAGAAAAUCGCCGCCCUGCAGAACGCUGGUGUCAUCGUCAGUAUGUCUCCUGCUCAGCUCGGCUCCACUAUGUACAAGGAGUUUGAGAAGAGGAAAAUGCUAUAAAGGGAGGGUCCGUCAGCAAGUGCCGUCACCAGGAUACCAACACAGCCCACCCCCGCCGCCUCCCUGCACCUCUCCGUCCUCAUUGCACGCUAAUUUUUCUUUGCCCGAAUACAGCUGUCGUCGGUUUUCUGAAUUCAGCUUUACGGCCACGAGGUUUAUUUCGGUGGCUCCUUUGUUCAGACACGAUUGUGCAUCAUAGAAAGCGAAUAAAUCUACCACUAAAUUUGAUUUAUUUGAA